AAAAAUUGCGUUCUAACUUCCUUCUCUAAUUGAAAGAAAAUCGAUUGCAUUAUCUCAUUGAUCAGUGUAAUCGCAACAAUGUCCCUCAGCCGAUAUGAAGAAUCCUCCGAGUACGACUCUGCCGAGGAUGUGGUUGAUCCCGAUGUGCUUUUGGCACCGGGUCCGGAUGGCAUCAGUGUACCCGUAUUCGACUCUGUUUUCAAGCCUGACCACGUCAUUAAACGUGUAAAAUUGAUGAAGAACAAGCUUUAUCGACGGGAUCAGAUCAUUUGUCUGAUUUGCACUUCGAGCUUCUGCGACAUCGAGUCCUUCAAUCAGCAUCAUUACAAUUUCCACGAACUUCAGCAAAUAUUUUGCGAGAUUUGUGGUAAAGAAAUGAAAAGCUUGAAGACCCUAAGAUGUCACAUUAUCCGCCACAAUCUUCACAUCGUGUCGGACGAAGUGCUGGCUGCCAUUUCCCCGGAGCAAAAGAAGUUUUACGAAUGCUGUCUGGAAAGUGAACUGCGGCGGACGUUUCACGACAUGUUGAUGAACAAGCUGCUUCACCACGUGGGCGCCAUUCAGCGCGGGAAUUUCAAACUGUCAGACGGUCGGAUCCGAUUGAAACGAGUUCAAGAGCUCUUGGCCAAGAUCAUUAGAUCCAUCAUGUACGAUUUGGAGGAGAACUGUUAUCUUGGAACCAGGAUAUUGAUCAUGAUUCGAUUUCGGACAGCCAUGAAGAUGGCUCAAGAGAAGAUCAUAAAGGACACCGAGUUGGCUGAAACUAUGGUUCAAAACUGCUUGGAAGAAGCUUGCAAAGCCCCUAGCACUCCGGAGAACAAUGAUGACAUUGCCUAGUUCUUAUUGCCAAAUCGGUGCAUACGAGUUACACACGGAACUACUGACCAAAACAAUACUAAUAAGCUGGCAAUUAGAAGUUGUUGGUUUACCUAAUACUACGGUUCAGUAAGCAGUACUAGCAAUCCACAAAUAUUUGUCCACAUGAAGUGACUUGAACGUUUUGAAGCAAAUAAAAGAUGUGUAGAAACAUUGUUCUAGACCUAAUGCGAGCUGAAA